GUGCUCGCUGGGACGCCCGUCAGAUAGCAGGAACUAGCAACUUUUCCCAGUCUCAAGGCUGCUAAAACCCCCUCGUGUCCCUUUGAUCUCUCCUGGGAGUCCCGGGGAGCCAUCAGAGGCCAAUGCCUUCUUCAGCUGUCCUCUAUACAAUUCCCUCUGGCAGGUACUAAUGUGUUUACUUAGGUGCGCACGGUUCCCAGCGCUGGGGGGAACCAAACGUUUCUCACUCGGCUGGAAGCGCCCGGCCCCGCCAGCCCGACUGGGAAACAAUUUUGUUGCCGGGGCAUCGCGGAGGAGCAGCGGCUGCGGCUGCCAGCGCCCGCGGACGGCGGAGCCGGGCGGAGCUGCUCGGCACCGUGAAGGCAGGCGCUCCCGCCGCCCUGCACGGGGAGCCGGCCGGGAGCAGCGCAAAGGCGCUCCGGAGGGCCGGGGCUGCGGGUGCGCUCGGGGGCACCGCAAACACCUCUCACCCCCUCAGUCCGGUGACUUAUGGUUUCGGUUAGACCUGGAUCAUGGGAUGUGGGAAAUAAAGAUGUGCAAGUAGACACUAUAGGUGUCCUUCCCGAGGAAACGUGUGAUGGGAAACAGGAGAUGUGAACACCGAGACGAGGAAGGGCUCAGGAGCCGCUGACAAGUGGUUCGUGCGCGUUCACUGCCCCUCUUUCUCUUUCCAUACCAAACUGCAAAUUCACCGACUUGGUUGGAAAUUCGGAGAUGUCGCAAUCAGUGCUUGGGAGGUCGUUCAUUAGAAAAGUGCCCAUCUCUCGGCGCUCCAAAAGAGCGGUGCGGAGCAAAUUGUCUCUGGGGACUGGAAGGGGCUUGCCCAGACGGCUCCCGGCAGGGGCUGUGGUGGGAUAUGCUAAUAAAGACUGGCCUCUGCGGACCAGCCUCCCUUUCCAUGUAUAUAUAAGGGCCCCCCGCAUCAGCCGAAGGACACUUGGUCUCGGUCCCUAAUUACGGAGGAAAUUGCCCCGGCGCACUGCGGAGCGCCUCGCCGAGAGCCGCGGGCCGCCGUGCCGUACCGACGCCUCCGCAGCAGGGAUGGAGGUGAUGGACAGCUGCAAGUUCUCCCCGUCCGAGCUCUUCUAUGACAGCUCCUGCCUCUCCUCCCCGGAGGGCGACUUCCCCGAGGAUUUCGAGCCCAGGGAUCUGCCUCCUUUCAGCGCCCACGAGCCCCCCGAGCCCGCCUGCUCCGAGGAAGAGGAGCAUGUCCGAGCUCCCACUGGCCACCACCAAGCCGGUCACUGCCUCAUGUGGGCUUGCAAAGCCUGCAAAAGAAAAUCCACCACAAUGGACCGGCGGAAGGCAGCCACCAUGAGGGAGAGGAGGAGGCUGAAGAAAGUGAACCAGGCUUUUGAGACCCUGAAGAGAUGCACCACUGCCAACCCCAACCAAAGACUCCCCAAAGUAGAGAUCCUGAGAAACGCCAUCAGAUACAUCGAGAGCCUACAGGAGCUCUUGCGGGAACAGGUAGAAAACUACUAUCACCUGCCGGGACAGAGUUGCUCCGAACCGACCAGCCCCACUUCCAGCUGCUCCGAUGGGAUGGCCGACUGUGGCAGCCCCGUUUGGUCGGCGAGAGGCAGCAGCUUCGACGCCGUCUACUGCGCCGAGAUGGCCCACGGGUACGCCGCCGAUCAGAGCAGCGCCCUGUCCAGCCUGGACUGCCUCUCCAGCAUCGUGGACCGUCUCUCCCCGGCCGAGGAACUAGGGGUGUCCCUGCGCGACGCCGACUCCCUCUCGCCCAGCGCCAGCAUCGACUCGGGCCCGGAGACGCCCGGGACGCCGCUGCCCCGACGGACCUACCAGGCGCUAUGAGGGGCCGGAGGGCCGGCACCCCGCGCCUGCCGCCGGGGCCGCCUCCCGCGCCCGGCCGCCUCCUGCAAACGCUUCUCGGGCGAGAGGGGCAGCCCCGGAGCCCCUCGGGCCGCCGCUUCCCUCUGGGGCCGCAGGCAAAGCGCCGCGCCGGCCCCCGGCCAGGGAUUUCCCGCAGCCCGGCAGGGCGGGCAGACCCCGGGGCUCGGGACACACGCGCUGCUCUGGAAUCCCCGCUGCAAAUAAAACGUGCUGUGAGAGAGCUGU